AUGAAUAUUGUGUACAGUGGAGAUGUUCUGCCACGGAGAGGUUUCUUCAAGUCUUGGGAACGAACGAGACAUUCCAGAGAAGUUCAUUGGUUCGUCGAAUGCUUUGCAGAGGCUUUGGGGGUGUUUCUCUAUACCUGGGCUGGCGUUGGCGCAACGGCAGCAUUUGUUGUGGGGAAUAUCCUGGGGCUUGAGAAUGUCGGCUCGGUGUUGGGUAUCGGCUUUGCGUAUGCAUUUGGCAUCCUCCUGGCGCUCGGAAUAUGCAGUGCAACAUCGGGGGGCCACUUCAACCCAUGUGUCUCGAUAACGCAGGUGGUCUUCAGGGGAUUCCCCCCACUCAAGGCCGCGAGAUACAUCGUGUUCCAGAUCCUCGGGGGUUACAUUGCAUGUCUGCUGGUAUACGCGCAAUGGAGAGAUAUGAUCCUGGCAGCGGAGGCAGCGCUCACUGCGGCAGGUAGGUUGGAGGAGGUGCAAUUUACCGCCAUGGGUACCGGAGGGAUCUUGGCCCUGUACGCACCUCCUGGCGCACAUUUGGGGUUGACUUUCGUUAAUGAGUUCGUAACGGAUUUCGUCCUUGCUUUGGCGAUAUGGGCGUGCCUUGACCCGACGAAUGCCCUGGUACCUCCACAAGCAGCUCCAUGGGUCAUUAGCUUUGCAUACGCGAUGGCUAUUUGGGGAUUCGCCACACCAGGACUCGCCGCAAAUGCUGCCAGGGAUCUGGGUGGGAGAUUCGCUGCAAUGUCGCUUUACGGCACCAAAGCGAGCGGUGGAGCGUACGCAGCUAUUGCUGCCCUGACGAGCAUACCAGCAACUUUGCUCGCGGCGUUCACCUACGAGACAAUGUUAAUGGAUUCAGACCGAGUGCUUCCCCGAGCAACGCUUGAAUUCCUCGCCGUCCACAAGCACCACCGCCGACAAGGUGAGGAGCCAGAAGCUGAGAACCAUUCCCAUUCCGAUGGUAAAUCUUCGUACACAAAUGGGUCAGGCGCCGGCAAGCCUCACAUCGAAGCGCUCGAACACACUCAGCGUGUAUAA